AUGAUCUUUGAAUUAUAUUGUAUUAUUGCCACGGCCCUCGGGGCUCUGGCGUGGUCUCCCAAAUCACUCGAAACUCGACAGUCUGCAACAACUGUAACAGUGAACCUAGACCAGCAAUACCAACGUAUUGAUGGCUUUGGAUGCUCAGAAGCUUUUCAGCGCGCUGUGCAAAUAUCUAAACUGUCCGGAGAUAAGCAGCAAGAAGCACUAGAUUUGCUCUUUAGUACAACAUCUGGCGCAGGACUUUCAAUUCUGCGCAAUGGCAUCGGAUCAUCGCCGGACAUGAGCUCUGACCAUAUGGUCAGCAUUGCACCGAAGUCACCUGGCGGUCCUUCCAAACCUCUCGUAUAUACUUGGGAUGGCAGUGACAACAAACAACUCUGGGUGUCACAGGAAGCAGUCAAGCGAGGUGUGCGGACCAUAUAUGCCGAUGCCUGGUCAGCGCCAGGGUAUAUGAAGACGAAUGGGAACGAUGCCAACGGCGGGAGUUUGUGCGGCGUCAGCGGUGCUACUUGUUCUAGUGGAGACUGGAGACAGGCCUAUGCGGACUACCUGGUGCAAUAUGUCAAUUUCUAUGCUCAAGAAGGAGUCAACAUCACCCAUCUGGGUUUUCUCAACGAGCCAGACUUAACCACGAGCUACGCAUCUAUGCGUUCUUCUGGCACACAAGCCGCAGACUUCAUCAAGAUUCUCGGGCCAACGCUCCAGAAAGCCAAUCUCUCGUAUGUAGGGAUUAACUGUUGCGAUGCUGAAGGUUGGUCCAGCCAGGCGAGCAUGCUAAGCCAGCUAUCCUCCGUGGACGCGUACAUUUCGACAAUCACGGCGCAUUCAUACACGUCCUCGCCGGGCUCGCCCAUGAACACCCGGCACCCGGUGUGGCAAACAGAAGCGGCCGAUCUCAAUGGAGCGUGGACGGCGACAUGGUACGCAAGUGGUGGUGCUGGCGAGGGAAUGACCUGGGCAAACAACAUAUACACAGCCGUCGUCAAUGCAAACAGCUCGGCCUACCUGUAUUGGAUCGGUGUGCAGGGAGGCAACACGAACUCGAAACUAGUCCGUAUCGACGGCAAUAACGUACUCGCUUCGAAGCGUCUCUGGGCCUUUGGGCAGUGGAGUCGAUUCGUACGACCUGGUGCCUACAGAGUAGGUGUAUCAGGGGCAAAGUCCGGCGUUAAGACCUCGGCGUUUCGCAACGUGGAUGAUCGAGUCGCUGUGCAGUUUAUCAACACUGGUUCCUCAGCUGCUUCGUUGGCUGUUAAAGUCUCAGGUGGCAACGGCUUCAAGGUCAGCAAUGCGGCAGCUUCUGUUACUGAUAAUUCCCACGAUCUGGAUGUGUUGGCUGUAACUCUCACUGAUGAGAUAGCUGCCGUUAGUGUACCGUCUAGGUCGAUGGUCACAGUCAUCUUGCAACAAUAA